AUGGUUCUCGGCCGGCUAGCCCACUACGCGUUCGAUGCUGUCCUCUUCUCCGCCUUCCUCGCUGGUGUAAAGCGCUCAACCGGUCUCACCCUGCGAUCAGACAGCUUGGCCGAAUCACCGAAGCUCCGCAGCUGGAUCGAGACGUAUCUGGGCGUGGGUGAGGUCAUAAUGGACCAGAGCGUCGCGAUUAUGAGCUCGAGUGGGUAUUUUGAGCGGAAGAGGUGA